AUGAAUUUGGACUACGAGGAAGUUUCUCAGUAUGUGAUUUUAAUUGAAGCAAAUGGAAAUGUCUCAUCUGCAGCACAAGUCCAGCCUUCAGGCCUGUUUGCUCAAAACGUGGCCAUGCUGACCAUCUCUGUGGAGGAUGUGAACGAAGAGCCAGUGUUUCUGAGCAACGCCUACUCCGCUCGGAUACCAAACUCCGUGCCGUACAAGUACUCGGUCAUUACAGUUCAGGCCACAGAUCCAGAUUCAGGAGACAAUGGACUUCUGCAGUACAGCUUAGUGGAUAAUCAAGCCAAUGAGUUUGACAUCAAUGAAAAUACAGGGCAGAUUUUUACCGUGUCUGUAGCAGGAAAAGCUGGAACAUUUUACCUGGAGGUUCAAGCUGCAGACCAAGGCACGACAAGUCUCACAGCCCGGACGACUGUCAAUGUAACAGUUGAUUCCAGUUCCAGUAACAACAUUGUGGUGCUGGUGCUCAAUCAGAAAAUCGGUGCUGUUGAAAAAAACAUCCUUCAAGUAAAAAGGGUCCUGGAAGAUAAACUCACCUGGAAUGUCUACGUUGUUGAUGUUUACCUCAAUGAGCAGCAAGGACAAGCAAGAAGCAGCACUGAUGUAACCUAUACAAAAAUCAUUGCUUUUGAUGAUGCAAACCAAGAAGUACCUGCAGAAGAUGUAAAAAGAAAACUUACGGAGCAGAAGAGUAACAUUGAGACAGAAUUGGCAAAAAUAUUUUCCACAUCUGUCACUGCUGCUGUAGAAGAGACUCCUGCAGACUCCACAGGUCCUGAUCAAACUGCAGCCAUCGUCCUCGGUGUGCUGCUGGCCUGCACCCUCGUGGCCUUCCUGGCAUACGUCCUUGUUACUAUCAGAAAGAAAAGCCAAUCUGGAAAGAAACUUGUCGAUUUCAAUGUGUUGAUCAUUUUCAGAAACAGCAAGAGAAGCACUUUGGCUCAGCAGCAGCCUGAAAGGACAGAGGGUAUCGAUAAUCCCUGUGCAGCUGGCAAAAACGGCAGUGUGAGGAGCUUAGAGAACCUAGAGCACAUGGAUAAUGGGAAAACAGAAAUCCUCUCCUUUAACAACCUGAACACCACCAAAAGCCUCGAUGCUGACAGGCUCCAGGCCGACAAAGGCAGCGAUUACCCUGAGGUACCUGAUCUCAUCCCCAGCUGUGAACAAAAUGAAGAAGGUACAGAAUCUGAACCUAGGUACAUAGAGGUCCAGCCUCCUGUAGACUUCACAACUAAACAGGAUCUCUUCCUGAAAGAUACAAAGCAGGAGUCAGCCCUUGGCUCAGCACCUGCUCCCACAGAGCGCGCCCCGGAGAAAGGAGUAAAAUUUGCAGAAGUGGCAGUUAUUUUGGAUGCCGACGCUGAAGAUGAUGAGCUUGAUGCUAACGAUACAUUUUGUCAUCUAUAAGAACGCUCGAUGAAGAAACGUUUUGGGAAAAGCACAACUGCAGUCCUUGGGCCACUGCAGAAUUAACUGAGCAAUAAGAAUGAGGGAACGCUCUCCCGGUUUCUAUUCCUGCUCCACCCGUUCUUUGUGCUGGAACAGAUGGACGUGAAAGAAAAUAAGCAGCAGGCUCCGAGGGCUGCAGGGAGUAACACAAGGUUACCUUCCCCGAGGCAGGGCUGUCUGCAUUACCGUGUAUUUGAUUUCAGGUGCAAAAUGACAA